AUGUUGGAAAAGUACCUAUUACGCGAGGCUAGGCGGGAUAAAGAAAGAUCUUCGGAGGAUCAGCAGAUAUUCUCGCGCAAAUUUGAUCUCCAUCAAUACUUUUCACCGGCUAGUAGAAACACUAAGAGAUUUAUCUAUCAUGAUACAUCUACUGGAAUUUCUCAUGUUCAUGAUGCCAAUGAGAUGGCCGGGGACAAAAAGAGUUUAGUGGUUGCCGUUGACGGAGCGUGUCCUCAAGACGGGGGUGAAUCGGAAAGCAAAUCAUCUUAUGGAAUAUUCUUCGGGGAGGAUUCAAGUUUCAAUACGCACGACACGAUAGAGGUAUCUAAUGGGGAACAGCAGACCAAAGACUGCGCGCAGCUGGUGGCUGUUGAUCGUGCCCUGGAUCUCAUAAAGAACAGCUCAGUCCUUGAAAACUGGCGGUCCAAUGGCGAGCGUGAAGGAUCAUUCACAACUAUUAUCAUGACGGACUCGAAAUAUAUUUACGACACUUUCACCACGUCUGUUUGGUCAUGGCGGAAGAAUGGUUUUGAGGGUUCCAAAGGUGAACAAGUGGUUAAUGGUGAGUUGAUAGACAGGAUUGAUAAUGCUAUUUUGGAUCUUGCGGAGGACAAAGUUUUGGUUCGAUUUUGGAGUGUUCCGAGAGAGGAUAAUACAGAAGCGCAGAAAUUGGCAAACCGUGCUUUGCAAGAUGACAGAUAG